AGGGGGUGGGAGGCGGGAAUUCGUCCGGGAGAGUGGUGAUGCGAAGUCUGUCGAGAACUGGAGGAGAGCAAAAGUACAGUGGCACGGAACCCGCGACCAGGCCAGGGGAAUAGCAGCCUGUGGAGAAAAAGAAGCUUGGGACCUUUCUUCGGUGCCAAGGCUCCGCUUUAUUUGCUCGCCGAUAUCAGUUUCCUUUUCCCGUGAAUCGGAGCCCGGUUAGCGUUGCUUCGGCUUUCUUCAGACCAGUUAGGAGUCUGAAGAAAGUGUGAUGUCUUCAAUGUGGUCUGAAUACACAAUUGGUGGGGUGAAGAUUAACUUUCCUUGUAAAGCUUAUCCAUCACAGCUUGCUAUGAUGAAUUCUAUUGUCAGAGGAUUAAACAAUAAGCAGCAUUGUUUGUUGGAGAGCCCUACAGGAAGUGGAAAAAGUUUAGCCUUACUUUGUUCUGCUUUAGCAUGGCAACAAUCCCUUAGUGGGAAGCCAGUGGAUGACAGCUUAAGUAAAAAAGCUGAAGUACCAUUGUCAUGUUGUUGUACAUGCCAUUCAAAGAACUUUACAAACGAUGACAUGCACCAAGGAACUUCACCUCAUUUCAAUAGUCCAAGUACACCACCUUCUGAAAGACAUGGCACUUCAUCACCUUGUCAAGACUCUCCUGAAAAAACUACACUGGCUGCAAAACUAUCUGCCAAGAAACAGGCAUCCAUGUACAGAAAUGAAAAUGAUGAUUUUCAGGUGGAGAAGAAAAGAAUUCGACCCCUAGAAACUACACAGCAGAUUAGAAAACGUCAUUGUUUUGAAAAGGAAGUACGCCAUUUGGAUACAAAAAUUGCUUCAGGAAAGACCACAAAACUCAACUCUCCUUUAGGAAAGACAAACUCCUUUUCUCCACAAAAGCUCUCUGGUCAUUGUUCUAGGUGCUAUUGUUCUACUAAACAAGGAAACGGUCAAGAUUCUUCAAAUGCCAUUAAGAAGGAUCAGGGGGCAAAAUCCAAGAUACCAAAAAUAUAUUUUGGGACACGUACACACAAGCAGAUUGCUCAGAUUACUAGAGAGCUCCGGAGGACAGCAUACUCAGGGGUCCCAAUGACUAUUCUUUCCAGCAGGGAUCAUACUUGUGUCCAUCCUGAAGUAGUAGGUAACUUCAAUAGAAAUGAAAAGUGCAUGGAAUUGCUGGAUGGAAAAAAUGGUAAAUCCUGUUAUUUUUAUCACGGUGUUCAUAAAAUUAGUGAUCAACACACAUUACAGACUUUUCAAGGGAUGUAUAAGGCCUGGGACAUAGAAGAACUCAUCAGCUUGGGGAAAAAAGUAAAGGCAUGCCCAUAUUACACAGCACGAGAACUAAUGGAAAACGCUGACAUAAUAUUUUGUCCCUACAACUAUCUUCUAGAUGCACAAAUAAGAGAGAGUAUGGAUAUCAAUCUGAAAGAACAGGUUAUCAUUUUAGAUGAAGCUCAUAACAUCGAGGACUGUGCUCGGGAAUCAGCAAGUUAUAGUGUAACAGAAGUUCAGCUUCGGUUUGCUCGAGAUGAACUAGAUAGUAUGGUCAACAAUAACAUAAGGAAGAAAGACCAUGGACCCCUACGAGCUGUGUGCUACGGCCUCAUUAAUUGGUUAGAAGCAAACUCUGAACAUCUCGUGGAACGGGAUUAUGAAUCAUCAUGUAAAAUAUGGAGUGGAAGUGAAAUGCUCUUAAAUUUACAAAAAAUGGGCAUUACCACAGCUACUUUUCCCAUUUUGCAGGGACAUUUUUCUGCUGUCCUUCAAAAAGAAGAAAAAAUUUCAUCAAUUCAUGGGAAAGAGGAGGCAAGAGAAGUACCUAUUAUUAGUGCUUCAACUCAGAUAAUGCUCAAAGGGCUUUUUAUGGUCCUUGACUAUCUUUUUAGGCAAAAUGGCAGGUUUGCGGAUGAUUAUAAAGUUGCUAUUCAACAGACUUACUCUUGGAUAAAUCAGACUGAUGCAUUAGAUAAAAACGGGUUCUUGGUUCUACCAAAAAAUAAGAAAUGUUUACGACAGAAAACUGCAGUUCAUGUGCUAAACUUUUGGUGCUUAAAUCCAGCCGUGGCCUUUUCGGAUAUUAAUGACAAAGUGUGGACAAUUGUUUUGACAUCUGGGACAUUAUCACCGAUGAAAUCCUUUUCAUCAGAACUUGGUGUUACAUUUACUAUCCAGCUGGAGGCCAAUCAUGUCAUUAAUAACUCACAGGUUUGGGUUGGCACCAUUGGAUCAGGCCCCAAGGGUCAGAAUCUCUGUGCUACUUUCCAGCACACAGAAACAUUUGCAUUCCAAGAUGAAGUAGGAGCACUUUUGUUAUCUGUGUGCCAGACUGUAAGCCAAGGAAUUUUGUGUUUCUUGCCAUCUUACAAGUUAUUAGAAAAGUUAAAAGAACGUUGGCUUGACACUGGUUUGUGGCGUGAUCUGGAGUUGGUGAAGACAGUCAUUAUAGAACCACAGAGAGGAGAAAAAACUAAUUUUGAUGAAUUACUGCAGGUGUACUAUGAUGCGAUCAAGUACAAAGGAGGAAAAGAUGGAGCCCUCCUGGUAGCAGUUUGUCGUGGUAAAGUGAGUGAGGGUCUGGAUUUCUCAGAUGACAAUGCCCGUGCUGUUAUAACUAUAGGAAUUCCUUUCCCAAAUGUGAAAGAUCUGCAGGUUGAACUAAAGCGACGGUACAAUGACCAGCAUUCACAAUUGAGAGGUCUUUUACCUGGUCGUCAGUGGUAUGAAAUUCAAGCAUAUAGGGCCUUAAACCAGGCCCUAGGUAGGUGUAUUCGACACAAAAAUGAUUGGGGAGCUCUUAUUCUAGUAGAUGAUCGUUUCAGGAGUAACCCAAAUCGAUACAUAUCUGGACUUUCUAAAUGGAUACGGCAGCAGAUUCAGCACCAUUCAACCUUUGAAAGUGCACUGGAGUCCUUGGCUGAAUUUUCCAAAAAGCACCAAAAUGUCAGUGAUGUAUCCAAAGAGGACAGAAAGUCUAUACAGGACGAGUCUACACUUGAAGAAGCCUGUUUGAAGAACAAUACCUCAACUCAUUUAUUAGAAACAGCAAGUCAUCUAUCACCAGAAAAUCCUAGAGAAGAUGAUCCAGUAUUAUUGGAAGAGUCUACCCAGGCAGUAAAAGCAGAAAAAAUUGUGAUUUCCAGAUCCACAAGCCCAACCUUCAACAAACAAACAAAGAGAUUUAGCUGGUCUAGCUUUAAUUCUUUGGGACAGUCUCUUACUGAUAAAAUUCUGACUACCACACCUAAAUUUAGGUCAUUAGAGGACUGCGCCUCUAGUUCUUCCACUUUCAAAACAGAAAAGGGAUGUAAAUCUGUUUUGCCACUCACUGAUAAAUUUGAGUCCUCGUCUCUGAAAGUGAACACGUCAGUUGGACUAUGCCCUCAGUCAGAAACCAUUAUUCCAUCAAUAAAGAUUGAUUCCGCUCUUCUUAAAAAAGAUCAUUCUAAGCAGCUGCUUUGCUGUGAAGAAGCCCUGGAUUCGGACAUUGAAUUGUCUCUAGUAAGUGAAGAAGCUAAACUUUCCACUUCAAAUACAGCUUUUGAAACAGAAGCAGAAGAUGACUCUAUCUAUUUUACACCUGAGCUGUAUGAUCCUGUUGAUAAAAAUGAAGAAAACAAUGAACUAGUUGAAACUGAUAGAGACAAUAGAUUGGCUAAUAAUUCAAAUUGUAUUUUAGCUGAAGAUCUUUUUGAAAUUAGGACUCUGAAAGGAGUAGACUCAGUCAGGGAAAUGAAAGCUGAGGAUUGCACAGACAAAGUUGAAUAAACUCAUGCAUAUUAAAGAAAAUAAAGCUGAUGACAUUGGUAGUAAUGUAAAAACAACUCAUAUAAAUGAAUUGGAUUGAGGAGGAAAUCAUGAAAUGGAUAUAAAGAACUUUAAACAGUCUCCUUCCAAAAAUAAAGAUGUGUUUCCUGGUGUUAUUUAAUAAUACUAACUGUCCAGCUAUGAAAAAAUAUCAUGGUUAUAUUAAACUAUCGUAAAUGAUAAUUUAUACAUUGCAGAGAUAUAUUUUUAAAUUUGAGAUGUAUUUUUCACUUUAAUUCAUUGUCAUUAGAGUUUUAAAAAUUAUGUUCAGAAAUGUAAAUUUCAUUAAUCUCAAGUUUUUGAUAAAGUGAUUCAUACAAAAUAUUUUCCUCCAACAAGUCUUCCUUAGCUAAAUGUCAUUCAGAAUUAAUCAAUCUGAAAGAUAUAUAGUUGUCUAGGGCACUUUAAAUUUUUCAUAAAUAUUUGUAUUCUGUAGUCUUCUUUAUCUAUUUGUUUUCAUACUGAUACAUGAAAAUUAAUAGCUGUAUAAUCCAGUCACGCCUCAACCAUGUUCCACUAUAGAUUUUGCCUCAAAUUGGUCUGAGAUUUUUUUAGAAAUCAAAGUUUUCUUGAAAACUUUAUACUAAACUGCCUACUUCUAGGUAAUUAAGAAUUAAUUACCAUGCAUUUUUAAUUGACAUUGUUUUACAUUUGUUUGUUUGAUAAAUUAAAAUCAAGCAUGUUUUAAGCAAACUUAUGUAAAGUUAUAAAGUGCCAAACGAAAGACUCCAAAUUUUCAGUUCUAAUUAUUUAGCUCCAUCAUCAUUGUGGGAAAAUGACAUGUUCUAGUAUAAAGGCUUUAAUUUUUCAACUGUUAAGAAAGAAAACUUCAUGUGUAAAUUUGAUAAGUAAAUGCAGACAUGUAACUGUGGCUGAAAAAUGUUCCCUUAAAGCUCAGUGAGCCUUUCUGUAAAUUUUGACUUUGUUCAUGUUUUUGUAAAUGAAGCUAUACUUCAGAUAAAAAAUAGUUAUAAAAGAUGCUCUUCUCUGACGUCAUUCCCAAACUGCAUUCACUGAUCUUUUUCUAAGAAACAUCUGUUCUAUGGACAUUUAUGCUUCUUGUGAGUAAUUUGAAUUGAAAUUUUAUGAGCUGUUCUAGUUGUGAAUGUGGUUUAUUAUUUUCAAGUCAAAAUUCCCAGCAAUCAAUUUCUUUUAUAUUCAUUUAGAUAAGUGAAUUAAUUAUACAUGCAUAUGUUUCCUUUUAUUUUGAUAAUGUUUAGAUUGAAUACAAUUUCAUUGUUUCUGUAGCAUCGGAUGUUUCAAUUAUAAGCAUAGUUCAAAGAAAUUUAAAUUGAUAAUUUACCAGUUAAAGAAUUUAUAAAUUGGGAUAUAUUAGAUCCCACUUAGUAUUACAUAUUUUUUUAAUUGAUUAGUGAAUAAUAAGUUACAAAACACUAGAUUAGAAGGUAAUUUCUAAAUUGUUUUGAAUGGGUGUAACCAUUUCUCCUCUCCAGUAUAGUUCUUAAUUCACAGAUAAAGGUAGUCGGGUAGUAGAAAGAAUACCAGGUGGAAGACAAGAGACUUGGGCUGUAUUCCUGGCUCUGCCACUAAUUUGCUAAGUCAUGUUGGCAAUCACUAUGCCUCUUAGGGACCAUUUCAUCUGUGAAAUACAGAACUUAGUACUGUAAAAUUAUGCAGAUCUUUCAGCUUUAAAAUUUAUAAUUUAAAGGAACAUAUGUUAUUUCACUCCGAAUCAAUUUUCAUUUGCUUUUGUUCCAAAUUGAGUAAAGUAACACAAACCGUUUUAUAGAAAAGGUGAAAUGACACUCAUCUGCCUUUAGGGCAUAAUUGUAUGAAUAUGUACAUAAUAGCUUGGGAAGCAAAAUAUUUAUUUUAAUGAUGCUGUGAUUAAAGCAUUUUUGGACUCUUAAGAUUGCUUUUAGAAGAAUUGGUAAACUACAUGAGAAAAAUCAAGCAUAUUAUUUUUUAGUCAUACUUUAAUAUUAUUGUCCAACUUGGUCUCAAUUCCGAUCCCUUCCCUGGAUAAGAUUUCUUUCUUCCCAACUAUAAUUCCCUCCAAAGCUAAAAAUUUCCAUCACUUAUAAUGUUUGUAGAGAUGUGCCACAAGCUUUUAGUAAUUCCAAGAGAUGUUUCAAAAAUUUUCUACAGUGAUGUCAGUUUUGAAACAAGUAGUCUUCUGAGAUUAUAACUUUGACCAAGAUAAUAUUAUAAGAAGUAAAGUACUAACCUUUAUAACAGAGUAGGAGGUAGAACAUUUUCAUUAGUGAUUACAUACUUUUUAAAGAAAUUACAUACUUUUUAGAGAGUUAAAUAAGUUAAAACAUGUAAAAACAUUUAAAAGAAUAUCUGGCACAUGGCAAACCAUCAAUUAUUAAUAAAUCAGUCAUAUAUCUGGAGUGCUUUAUAUGAAGACUUCCCUAAUGAUGAUGGAUGGAUGGACGAAUGGACAGACGGAUGGAUGGAUAGACAAAAACAAUAAAGAAUCGUAAUAUGGUAGGAAGGAAAAAUUAUUUGGUUUAUUCUUUAAGGCUUUUGAGAUGUUUAAAAGAGAAAUUGUUUAUCAGGUAAUUUCCCUUACCCAUUGAAUGCAUAUAAAGUAAUUAUCUAAUACUGAAUUUAUUUAAGGGCUGAAAGUACAUAAAGCAUGCAGGCCACGAACAAGGAAACCUACCAAUUGGAGAAAGAACUUUCUUCAUAGAAGAAAGGUACAAUGUUUUCAUGAUUUGACCUUUGAAAUUUAAAUGAAUCAUUCAUAACUUGUUAUAGUUGUGUUGGAAAUUAAUAGCUUGCUAUGCUACUACUACGUAUUUAAUUAUUACAUGGUUUUAAUUUGGCACUAUUUCAAAGUUCACAUAGGGCUUUGUAUAUAGUCUUCCUUAUGAUCUUUCUAUUCAAGACAUUAAUUUUUUAAAAAGGUUACCCCAUAUUUUUUUUCCUGCAAUAUGACUUUGUCAUGUUAUUUUUCUAUAGUGAAAUAUAUUCAAAAUAUUUAAUUCUUUCAGAUUGCUUAUAAAAUUUCAUCAAAGUGCAUGUUGUAAAAUCACUUGAAAGACUAAUUAUGAUAGUCAUUUAAUCUCAGUGAUGUCAUUUUUCGGUAUACUAUUACCACACGAUUAUUCUUGCUCAAGCUCUGUUUAAUUUCAGAUUUAUCAAUGAGCUACACAAGAUUUUACAUUAAUCUUUAUGAAUUCUUGGUAGUUUCUUGUCUCCACAGAAAAAUGCAGUCAAUCUUUUGUAAAUAGAAAGGCAGUAUUAAUAUUGAACUUUUUGAAUAAUAAAAAAUAAAUUUAAGAUCACACCAAACAACAGAUGUCUAAGGAAGCUAAAAUCUGAAGUGUCUGUGCAGCUAUUAAACACACAAUAAAGAACAGCACUUCAGGAAAUAGAAAUUUAGACAGAUGACCUAGGCUUAUGAUUCUCUAGCUUUAAAUAAUUUUCAUGCCUAUGGGGGGAAAAAAAAAGAGUUUUGUUUCUUAAGCUUUCACCUGAUAGAACGAGCCAUUAGCUGCCUGGUUUCCUGUACUCCACAAUGGAGCCUUGUUAUAAUAUGCAAGGGAUCCGAGCCAGUGGAUCACCUUAUUGGUGAAACUACCUAAUAAUGAAGUGCUUUCAGUAACUAAACUCUUGGACUAGGUCCAAACAACCCAUCUUAUACUAAAUCCCACUCUAUAAUAAACAACCUUCAAUGUAUUAGAAGGAAAACAAAAGUUGUAUGAAACUUAGUAUUCCCAGAAAUUAACCUUUGGAAACAUAAUGGUAAAUACUGAUUAAAAAUAAUAUCGGUUACCAAGUCAUAGUCAUGUAGAUAUUUUAGUGCUUUUUAUAACAAAUUUGUAUUUUUUUUUUAAUCAGGCUUUCUUUUCUGAGCAAUUUAUAUGAUACCAAUUCUCGUGCUUUUCUCCAAAAUUUCAUCAUUUUACAUUAUUUUACAUAAGUAUUUAUACAACUCAAUAUUAAAAUGUUCCAUUUGGCUCCUUGCUAUUAUAAAGUAUGAGAAUGUACAAGUGGAAUAUCAUUUAUGCAAACUAAGUUAAAUGCCAUCAUCUUUUUUAUGUGAUUCAUAUGUAGUUGAAAAGAUUUAAGGAUAUUAAAUACUGAUUGUUAUUUCAUGUCAAA